AUAUCUCUCAAAGCAGCAGGACCCACAUGAACAAGUCAUAGAGGCGACUCCACUGCACAGUAGCUCAGAUAUCUACAGUAAGAAGAUCUCGCCAUCAUUGACUGUUCAGCGAUGUCGCGAAAAGUUGGAGAAUAAGUACCGAAAUCAAUUGUGCAAAAUUCAAAUGAAACCGUGGGAUAAAAGUGAUUAUGCUGAGUUCAAAGAUAUGCACACGGUUGUCACAAUGGUGCAGAAGGACGCUCGUGGAAAAGACACGAAAAUGAAGGAAAUACUCCAGGGUUCUGUUGCUGAAAUAUUUUCAACGAAAGUAAACGGAGAACUGCCAGCUCGAAUCCUCAUUUCGGCCCCAGCUGGACGAGGAAAAACCACGGCUGUCGCUAAGAUGGCUUAUGACUGGCUUCACAGAGAAAAGGGGUCAGCAUUAGAACACCUGCCACUUCUGUUUGUUGUGAAAUUCCGAAACACAAGUCAACUUACAUCGAUCGGAGAAGCCAUCAAAUCCCAGCUUUUGAGUGAUGUUGAUGAUCUCACACCAGAGGGUCUGGAGAGUUUCAUUAGAGAGAAUCAGGGAAUCUGCCACAUCAUACUAGACGGACUAGAUGAGUAUGCCGGUAUUUCUUCUUCAAACCGAAGCUCAGAGAGCAAUAUGGUCAGUGUCAUCCGCUGGGAGGAAUUUCCAGAGUGUCGGGUCCUUGUAACAACACGCCCUCACCUAGAGAGCUUCUUCAAUCAAGAUGAUCUUCCAAGGGUAUACACAAAGAUGUGGAUCGAAGGAUUCUCGCAAGAGAGUUCACGAGAGUACAUCGACAGGUUCUUUGCUUCGACUCCGAAACCUUGUCGUGGACAUGGUCUGAAAGUUUACCUUGAUGACCAACCACUGAUUAAUGAACUUGUUAAAACGCCUUUAUUUUGUCUCAUGGUCUGUCACUUGUGGAGCAAAGAGCGUUUGAACACUGAAACUGAAACGCAAACAGAAUUAUUAGACAGCGUGAAUGUUUUUCUGAUGCACCAUGCCAAUGCCCGAGCAAAAUCAAAAGACGAAAUAACAAAAGAAGAACUAAUCGAAAUCAUUCGUAACCUGGGUAAGGUUGCACUAGCUGGCCUAAUCGACGACUCUAAAAAACUAGUCUUCACGCCCCAUGAUUUCCGAAGAGUUCCCGCUAUCCUUGAUAGGGCAUGUGAGCUUGGGAUCUUAUCUAAGACGACGAUUCCAACGACAUUAAUGCUCCCACUAUCCCACAAUACCACAUCCACGACCAUUGAGUUUUAUCAUAAACUCGUUCAGGAACACUCGGCUGGGAAAUACCUUGCUGCUAAAACGAAGAAAUAUAUGUUACGACUGAAGAUUUCUAAGUUAGACAGACUGCUGCGAAACAUAACAGCAAACAUCGGUGACUAUGAGAAUCUCAUUCGAUUUGCUGCUGGCACGGAUAACAGCCUUUGCAUCCGAAUAAUGGAGGCGCUCCUUUCGAACCGCUAUUUGGAUGAGAGCGAGCGAUAUCGCAUUCUCCUUGACUGCUCAUCAGAGACCAGGGGUACUGAAGGAAAUGUGUCUUCGUUGGUUCAAAGAUGUGUAACUGCACAGAGUAUUGUUCUAAAGUCACCGACUGUCUACACCGUCGUUGGGAUGCAAUAUCUUCCAAAGCAACUUAAACUUCAGGUAAGGACAGUAAAGCUCGAGGGGUCUACUCUUACUACGGACGUGACGAGUGGACUAUGGACCUGCCUCAAAAUUUUUUGGAUGUUAGAUACUCUCAUCAUCUCAGACUCGUCUCUCAGUUUCCCUCCAUCUCCUCCGGAGCUUCCAUACGUUAAAAAGCUAUCAGCUAAGAGAGUGACGUCACAAAGCUACAAAGGAGUUCUCUCAUCGAUACCUGGAGUGAGAGAUAUCGAUGUCUCUAUCGACGUUGCAGAGACAAGCAAUACUUUUCAGAUCACCACCGCAUCCAGGCCUAUGAAUCAGACUAAUGCUAUCAUCAUGGAUGAACAGUUCUUUGUUCAUAUCAGACUACACGCCUUGACAGCACCCACCACAGACAAGAACAUUGAAUCAGAAGAGACAAUUGGAGGACUUAGUCUUCUUUUUGAAGACCAAACCAAAAAAAUACAGCGGCUGCAUGUGUCCGGGGUGAGGGGCAGAGACGAAGAAGCCUUGGUGGACCUGUUUGUCAAGACUAAACAACUAACGUACUUGAAUUCAGGUUUCCCUCCAUCUCCUCUUGAGCUUCCAUCCGUUACAAAGCUAUCAGCUAAGAGAGUGACGUUACAAAGCUACAAAGGAGUUCUCUCAUCGAUAUCUGGAGUGAGAGAUAUCGAUGUCUCUAUCGAUGUUACAGAGACGAGCAACACUUUUCAGAUCACCACCGCAUCCAGGCCUUUGAAUCAGACUAAGGCUAUCAUCAUGGAUGAACAGUUCUUUGUUCAUAUCAGACUACACGCCUUGCCAGCACUUACCGCAGACAGGAAGAUUGAAUCAGGAGAGACAAUUGGAGGACUUAGUCUUUUAUUUGAAGACCAAACCAAAAAAACACAGCGGCUGCAUGUGUCCGGGGUGAGGGGCAGAGACGAAGAAGCCUUGGUGGACCUGUUUGUAAAGACUAAACAACUAACGUACUUGAAUUCAGGGAGUGGAGGUGGUUCUGUAAUCAGAAAGAACACCGUCCAGCUUCCAUCCGUUACAAAGCUAUCAGCUAAGAGAGUGACGUCACAAAGCUACAAAGGAGUGCUCUCAUCGAUAUCUGGAGUGAGAGAUAUCGAUGUCUCUAUCGAUGUUACAGAGACGAGCAACACUUUUCAGAUCACCACCGCAUCCAGGCCUAUGAAUCAGACUAAGGCUAUCAUCAUGGAUGAACAGUUCUUUGUUCAUAUCAGACUACACGCCUUGCCAGCACUUACCGCAGACAGGAAGAUUGAAUCAGGAGAGACAAUUGGAGGACUUAGUCUUCUAUUUGAAGACCAAACCAAAAAAACACAGCGGCUGCAUGUGUCCGGGGUGAGGGGCAGAGACGAAGAAGCCUUGGUGGACCUGUUUGUCAAGACUAAACAACUAACGUACUUGAAUUUGGGUUUCCCUCCAUCUCCUCCUGAGCUUCCAUCCGUUACAAAGCUAUCAGCUAAGAGAGUGACGUCACAAAGCUACAAAGGAGUGCUCUCAUCGAUAUCUGGAGUGAGAGAUAUCGAUGUCUCUAUCGAUGUUACAGAGACGAGCAACACUUUUCAGAUCACCACCGCAUCCAGGCCUAUGAAUCAGACUAAGGCUAUCAUCAUGGAUGAACAGUUCUUUGUUCAUAUCAGACUACACGCCUUGCCAGCACUUACUGCAGACAGGAAGAUUGAAUCAGGAGAGACAAUUGGAGGACUUAGUCUUCUAUUUGAAGACCAAACCAAAAAAACACAGCGGCUGCAUGUGUCCGGGUUGAGGGGCAGAGACGAAGAAGCCUUGGUGGACCUGUUUGUCAAGACUAAACAACUAACGUACUUGAAUUCGGGGAGUGGAGGUGGUUCUCUAAACAGAAAAAACACCGUCCAGAAUACUAGGCUUCAGAUAGAGCAAUGCCAGCUAUCUACUGAGAUGACAGAAAAGUUGUUGUCCUGCUUCAAAUCCUUCACCUCACUGAACCAUCUCACCAUCUCAGACUCCUCUCUCAGUUUCCCUCCAUCUCCUCCUGAGCUUCCAUCCGUCACAAAGCUAUCAGCCGAGAGAGUGACGUCACAAAGCUAUGAAGGUCUGCUCUCAUCGCUUCAUGGCUUGGAAGAGAUCGAUAUCACUAUCGGAGAUGCAAGGACAGAAGACAUAUCUCAGAUCGAGACUACUCUACGUCGACAUCUGACAGGACAGGAUCUCACACGCAUCGAUCUUUCUUCUCUCCAAUCAGAGGAGAACGUAUCAAGUAUGUCGAGAAUGAGGAUGAGAGGAAUGGGUCUUCUUAUCACAGAAUGUCAGGCGAUAUUGUCCGGAGUUGUUUUCGGACUCCAGGAUGCAGUGAUUGAUCUUGUCCAGUCUUCAACGCGUUUAAUGUCAGCUAGUCUGUAUUUUGAACAGUGA